AUGGCAGAAGCGUUCGGCGUCGCAGCCAGCGCCAUUCAGGUUGCGGACGCAGGCUUCAAGCUCUACGGAGCCUUGUCGAAAUAUGUCACUGACUACAUCGACGCCAACAAGCAUGCCCGUCGUCUUGUAGACGAGGUCAGGAUGACCUCAUGGGCUUUGCAGAAACUUGGUACACUCCUACAAGAAGACGAAGAACUUAAGCUUUGUAAGCCGGACGUCCUCGACGAGAUCAGAGUAGAACUUCAAAGAUGUGAGGUUGUCUUUGGCGAGGUCGAACUAGUGCUUGAUGGCUUCUCGCCCGAUACAGCAGGUCCUUUGGUCGGGGUGAAGCGCUGGAAAUGGCCGCUAAAAAAGGACAAAGCUCUGCUGCUACUGGCACAGUUCGAGCGACUCAAGACAACACUACUGUUGGUAUUUAAUGUCCUAUCCUAUGCCAGUAAGCUUGCCUCGAAAGACGUACAAUAUCAUGGCUCUUCUCUCGAUGAGAAGAUACAGGUCCAAUACCUGGCCAAAGCCAAGCAGGAGGCUGAGUCUCUAGAACAGAAACUACGUCUGGAGACAGAGUGUGGUGCUGACAAUCAGCUUGGCGCGGCUAUCGGCAGGGGCCUUGUCCAGAUCGACAGGAUCGCGAGCGGUAUCCCGAAGAGUCUCGAGCUCAGCAAAAGUGGCGAUCGCCCAAAUGAGCCAGCCGUCAGCGUAUCUUCCGAACGAGAUAUCAGCAAUCGUGGCACAGACAUUGAUAGUAUAGGGACGUCCCGAGGUAUAGGAGAGCAAAGCUUCUUGCUGGGAGCUGUAUUCGUGCCAAAAGGAACUUCUGCGGAGCAACGCCACAACGGAGCUAUUAGUCCAGAGAAGGGUUCCACCCGACCAAACAAAAGCGGUCGUGAGCAAGCGCUCCUGCAACACCUCGACUCUUGCACAGCGGCAAUGAUUCGUCUCAACGCAGCCGUAGACCAGGCCAAAACUCAUCUCCAAGAGACGGGCUCCGUACCGAUCUCAAGCAUUACACGCACUUUUCGCUCCACAAAGCGGGCCUUUGACGACCUGACCAAUGCUGAGCGUGAUCUGGAUAGUGAGGACGAAGAGCAGGCUCCCAACGCUAGUAUAAAGCUUACUGCUGACGCCAUCGACACAGAGACAACAGCUACACAUAGUUUUGCAUCAGACUUCUACUGUAUGCCUGAUUUUAGCCGGCCAGAGCGUCUCUCCGUGGAUCGGAACAGACGCGUUGCUGCCGCUAUCGCUGGAGCGGUUGAUGAAGCUGAACACACGCUCGGCUCUCAACUGAAAGCUCCGAAUUCGUCGCCAGCCCAUGAACAGUCGCCUUCCACCGUUGCUGAAGCAGCAGACCCGUAUAUUCUGCAUCCACUUCGACAGACUACGCCGGCUCCGACAACCACCAAGAUAGCAUCAAGCCAAGGUAGUGCAUCGAAAAAGAGGUCCUGGAGUGCGGACUUCCGCCGCCUGAAAUUGCCCGGACGACGUAAGAACGAUGCCCAGCCGCAAAGUUUCCAAGCGUCCGAGCCCUUCCAUGCUUCGCCAGACCCUCCGUCAAGGAUGACUAUCGCAGAGCUCGACGACACCUCCGUGACCAAGAAACCUGAUGCAUUAUUUGGCUCUCCUUCUUGGCUCCAUGACCCUUCCAUGUCAGAGCCGUCGCGGCAUGAGGACGAAGAAGAAAUUGAGUACGAACCUCGUGCUUCGUAUCAGCUUGGUGGCGCAAGCAUAGCAAGACGGUUGAGCAGACCACGACCACGACCCGAUGGUUCGAGCGCUCGAUCUCCACAACGACUCACCCAUUUCGAUGCCGAUUCAGAGAGCGAUGAGGACUCUGAUCCCGAGGAAGAUAUCAUGGACAAGCUACUGCGGAAGUGGACAACGGUAGUAAUCUAG